ACUCUUUUCUAAUUGCACUAACAUUACCCCCAAUUUUCAGCAAAACUUCCCACUUUCUCACUAUCAUUCCCCACUCUAUCCCUCUUUUCCCCUGUUUUCUCUCUUCACUCUCAUUGCACACUAUCACUAUAACACACCAAAAACAGAGCAACUCAUACAUUCAGAAGCUCAAACUAAUAUACUCAUGGAUCAACUAAAUCACAUCAAGUCCAUCUUCUUCCUCAACUUUUCUCUUCUAACUGUUGCAUCCGGUGCAACAUUCACAUUCGUCAACAAAUGUGACAAUACAGUAUGGCCUGGAAUCUUAGCCAAUGCGGGCAGUCCGAAGCUCCAAACAACCGGAUUCGAACUCCCAUCCGCAACUUCUAGGACCUUCCAAGCGCCAUCCGGUUGGUCCGGUCGUUUUUGGGGUAGAACCGGUUGUAAUUUUGGUGACUCCGGUCUAGGAUACUGCACAACUGGAGACUGUGGCUCAGGCACCGUAGAAUGUGACGGCGCCGGAGCAGAGCCGCCGGCUACAUUAGCCGAGUUCACACUUGGUACAGGUGGCCAAGAUUUCUAUGACGUCAGUUUAGUUGAUGGGUAUAAUUUGCCCAUGUUGGUUGAAGUGAGUGGUGGGUCGGGUUUAUGUGCUUCAACCGGGUGUAUAGUUGAUUUGAACCGGGUUUGCCCGACUGAGCUUAAAGCGGGUAAUGGUGACGCGUGUAAGAGCGCGUGUGAAGCUUUUGGAAGUCCGGAAUAUUGUUGUAGCGGCGCGUAUGGUUCACCGACCACGUGUCGGCCGACGGUUUACUCUCAGAUGUUUAAGUCGGCUUGCCCUAGAUCUUAUAGUUAUGCUUACGAUGAUGCUACUAGCACUUUUACUUGCAGUGGUGCUGAUUAUACUAUCACUUUCUGCCCUUCUACUCCAAGUCAAAAAUCAACCAGAGAUACACCUACCCCAGUUACAACCCCAGUGACAGCAACACAACCAGAUUUAUCCGGGUCGAAUCCAAUGGGUUCAACAGCAAGUGGAUUUGGAGGAGAUAUGACAUACGGGUCAGCAUCCGAAUCUGAUCCCGGGAUGUUAACUGGAACUGGAACCGGAACCGGAAGGGAAACCACAGCUAUGUUAUCUGAUGGAUCAUGGCUAGCUGGCUUAGCCAUGGGUGGCUCACCUUCUCUAGAACCCACAUUUGUAGUAAUCCUCAUUUCAGCAAUUUUCUCUCUUUUAGUUAUAAGCCUUUUGUAGUGAAUCAAGGGUAUUCAGUUCAAUGAGUAAUUUCUUUAGUAUUUUUCAGUCUGGCAUUUUGUCGAACAUUUGGUAGGCAAAGCUUAAAAGGGGUGUUCUUUGUCCAGAAUUCAUCAGAAAAGCUGAAGAUUCACUCAAUAUCCCCCAUAUUAGCAUAUAUUAUGUAGUUUAUGUAAGCAUAUUUAAGUUUGUUUUUUUAAAGUGGAAUUAGGGCUUUUUUUAGGGUUUUUAUUAUGAAUUUGUACAGAAAAAGGUUGUGAAGGUUGUAGGGGAGAAGAGAAAAAAGAUGGGCAUUGCGGGUAUUGCAAGAUUGCAAAUGUUUUUCUGCCAGCUAUGGAAUUUAUGAAUUUGCCUUUGACAUUCAACAUACUCAUCAAUUUUUGAGUUGCUUUUGUCUUAAA